CUGCAUUUCGCAAUUCGCCCAUUACGAAAUACGUGCGAGUGAGAGUGGCAUUCAAAGCGAACAGCUGUUUUCUUUAGUUUUUCAUUCGAUUUAUACGUCAGGGGGGAAUGGAUAUAGCAAAUGCUGCCGCUGCCGGUUAAAAGCUUAUUUAGAAUUUUCAGUUAAAAUAAAACAAAGUGAAAACAAAAAAAAACAAAAUCAAAAUAAAAUGGAUAUGGAAAUGGGAACGGAAACGGUCACAGAAGCCGAAAAUCUAUUAAGCCUAAUUAAGCGUAUGCUCCAUAGACGCAACUAUGAAGACAUCAAAAUGAUGUUCCAGAGUCCUACGGUGUUUGCUGAAAUCGAGCCGCAUAUGCCUACCGUAGCAAUGGAUAUGUAUACGGAAAUCUGUGCACCGACAUUGACAGAUGAAACCAACGUGGAAGAUACACAGUUGUUCGAUUGCGUUAAUGAGUUGUUGAAGGUUAUCGCUAAUUAUGCGCCGUUGCAGCAAAUUAUGUUGGAGCUAAUGGAAAAGAUUGAGGAGAGCAGCAGCAUAGCUAUAUUCUCAGCGUAUCUGCGGGCACUGCAAGUGGUUCUGCUGCGACAAGGUCAAAGCAAGCCACAGGCCAUAGAGUGGUGUCUCGCCUCGGUAGUUACACGUGUGCGGAAUCUGCCUUUGCCGGGCUACCUAAGUGAGGGCUACGACGAGCAACAGGCUCAACUGGUGGAACAGGAUAAGCAAGUGGAGGAACUAUUGGCACAUUAUAUCACCAUCGAUCUGUGCUACGAGCCACUCUUGAAGGUGAUCCUCGAACAGGAAGUCAAAACAUCGAUCUUUCGAGACUGUAGACUCAAUCGGCGCAAUAUCUUGACCUGCUUUCUGCUGCAGCUGCUAGGCAAACCCUUGGCCCUGCUCGAGCUAUGCAAUGUGCCGACGAGAUUGCUGCAACCUGGACAAGCGCACACUUGUACGCCCAGUCCCUGGCGUUUGCGCCCCGAGUUAACGCAGCGAAGCUACCUUCAGGCACGCGCCAAUGCGAGCAAGACCCAAUCCUAUGUCCAGCAGGUGCAGCACACUUUGAUAACGGAUAUAACCCGCUUGCUGGGUGAUCCCUACUAUCUGCUGUGCCUGGUGGAGCAGCGCGCGCGCUGGAAACGUCGUCUAGAUGCCGCCAAAGGUGUCUACGAGAUGAGCAGCCACAAUGUCUUCCUAAUUGAUGAAAAGCUACCACUGCCCGCUUUGGCCAUGUACUAUCAUGCAUUGCUCGUGGGUCAAAUGCUGCCCAAGAAUGCGCCCAAAAUCUAUGCGCCAUUGUAUCUAUUCGAGUCGAGUCUCUAUUUGGUUUCUGUGCUGCUGGAGCAACCGGAGCCGCCGAUGCAGCAUUGCGGACUGCGUUUGAACGAUUAUAUGCUGAGCAUUUUGACGGAGCCCGUGCCACAGCAUUCGCUGGAUUUGGAAGUGCACAAACGUUACUGUGAAGCACUCUGCAAGAUAACGGGCUACUCUUCGCAGGAGUCACUGCGCCAACUGGGCCUCCAGGUGUUGCAUCAUUACAUACUCGCCUUCGAGGAUGCAGCCAAAUAUUUAAUAUUGAAAAAUCUGCUGGAAACAGUGCAGCAUGACGGCAUCUUGGGCUAUUUGGCGGGCAUGUACAAAGAUUUGGUUGCUGCCCAAGUGGAGCUGAAAGCGCCCCUGGGCGAUGUCUACAGCGGAGUACAAUUCCGUUCCAUGCUGCUACGCUGCGUUUGUGUACUGCCCCAGGAUGUGAAAUCGGAUCUGUUGCUGCAUUCAGUGAGCCUAUCGAAUGCCCUGAAUAUCUUGCGCUACUUUGCCAUGGCUGAUCUAGAGAAUCGGACGGGAUUCUGGCAUGCGCUGCCUGAGAUUGAGGAGCAGCUGCUGCAACCCCUGGGCAAGGCCCUAAACUUCUCACUGGCCCACUACAAGGCGUACAGGGAACGCGUUCUCAAUGGCCAAAGCACAUCCGACGAUGAGCUAAUGCAGAAGCAGCUCAACAUGCUGGCUGUCAACAUCAGCAACAGUGGCAUGGACGGGGGUGAAGGCGAUGGUCAUUUGCCGGACAUUGGUCGCGAGGAGAAGCUGGAGGUGUUGGCCGGCUCCAUAACGGGUCUGGAAUCGCUGCGUGUGCUCUAUCUGCUGGCCAGCGAUAAUCUGGAGCAGAGCUCAAUCAAGCGCAAAAAGCUGCUUCAAUUGGAUUAGAAAGCAAAAGACAAAUCAAUCGCAUCUAUUUCUAUGUUUAUAUCUCUUCUGAUCAAGCGUAAAUGAAAACGAAAUUUAUCUGAGUCUACUGGCGUUUUUUCUAUAAACAAAUUAUUUUUCGGUCAACAGGUGUUAAUUGUCCAAACUAGCUGCCCUCUCUCACCUGUCGCUCCAAAAGGUGUUAAUUGCACAGCUAAGCGAACUAAGUCAAAUUGUGAGCUUUGCCUUGUUUUAUGUGACCUUCAAAGCAAUUAGAGCAACGAGGGAAACCACAAUUCUCCAUGAAAUGUGGAACAGUCUGUCAACUGAAAUUUAAACAUUUCAAAAUAAAUCUGUAAA